UACCUCGGGCCGCCAGCACCCCCUUUAGCGCUUGUCCCGUAAGGCGAGGCAGCCGAGAUUCUCUAAGUUGGAUGGAUUUCGUGCUUAUAUCCAUUUCUCGCUGUCUCAAUAAUCGGAGCUAGAACGCGAGGGUCUGGGCAGAAUAUCAGAAACCAUGGCACGCACUCGGACUUGGAUAUUAUCAAAUCAUCGAGAGGGAAAUCCGACGUAUUCAGGCCCAAAUCCAACUUUCACGCUCAUCGAGAGAGACCUACCAGCCCUUAAGCCGGAACAGAUUCUCGUUAAGGUCCUUUACUUCUCAAACGAUCCUGCUCAGCGUACCUGGAUUAAGCCGAGUAAAGAUUUACCUAGCGAGCGUCAUUAUGUGAAACCAGUCGAACUCAAUGCACCGAUGCAAGCACGGGGUCUAUGUGAAGUGCUAGAGUCGACGACCGACGCUUUGCCAAAGGGCACGAUUGUCCUCGCCCGCGUCAAUUGGAACGAGUACGCUGUUCUCGAUGCCAAGGAUGCCAGUCCUCGAUCGCCUUUACCGGGCGGACUCAGUCUUUCACAAUACCUUGGCGUCUUUGGCACUACAGGACUUACCGCUUAUUAUGGUCUGCUGGUGAUAGGCGAGGCGAAACCAGAGCAUCGUGUCGUCGUUAGUGGCGCUGCAGGUGCGACGGGCAGCAUGGUAAUACAGAUAGCUAAGAAGAUUGUGGGUGCCAAAGAGGUCAUUGGCAUCGCUGGAUCAGACGAAAAGUGCAGAUUUGUGGUGGAUACGCUAGGUGCUGACAAGUGUUUGAAUUACAAAAGUCCUUCAUUUCACGAUGACCUCGUUGAAGCCACGGACGGUUACGUCGAUAUUUACUUUGACAACGUGGGUGGUGAAAUAUUGGACGCUAUGCUAGCUCGACUCGUACAACACGGAGUCGUCGUCGCUUGUGGUUCAAUCUCAGGGUAUAACUCUGCGGCACCCACGGUCCUGAAAAACUAUUUCCAAGUCAUCAGCAUGAGGUUGCAGAUCCGAGGGUUUAUCGCCUCGGAUUACAUGCACAAGGCUCAAGAAGUGACUGAUAUAUUUAUCAAAGCCCUGGACGGAGGAAAACUGACCAUUAACGAUCAGCUUGAGCAUGUUGUACCAACGCGUUUUGAGGAUGUACCGAAGACGUGGUUGAAACUGUUUGACGGAUCCAACACUGGAAAAUUGGUGACAAAGCUAAUAUCUUAA